AUGAGCGAAACACUCGAGUAUCUUACUCCUGAACAAGUUGCGCAGUUCAGGACAAACGGCUACCUCAAAAUUCCUGGUUUCUUGGAACCCGCCGAAGUCGAGACGCUGCUCACGCGUACUCAAGAGCUUUUGGAGGAGUUCAAUGUCGAGAGCCAUCCUCUCACAAAGUUCACCACCGGCGACGACAACCACAUCGGGGAUGACUACUUCCUGACGUCGGGGGACAAGAUCAGGUACUUCCUCGAGGAAGACGCGGUGGACAAAGACGGCAAGCUCAACAGAGAUAAGACGAGAGCCGUAAACAAGAUCGGUCACGGGCUGCACGAACACGACCCCAGCUUCCGGAAGAUCACGCUGGAAAACGAGAAGAUGAGAGCCGUGGUGCGGGACCUCAAAUUCCAUCAUGAUCCAGUUGCGCUCCAAUCGAUGGUCAUCUGCAAGCAGCCACAGAUUGGAGGCGAAGUCCCGGAACACAACGACUCGACGUUCCUGUACACCAACCCACCCACCGCCCUUGGGUUCUGGAUGCCGCUGGAGAGAUGCACACCCCAGAACGGCGCGCUGUCCUUCCUGCCGGGAUCCCAUCUGUCGGCACCCAUUACGAAACGCUUCGUCCGGCUGCCCGGGGGCGGGACUGGGUUCGAGCAGCUCGUCGCCCCCGAAGAGGCCCCGAAGAGCCCGGAGGGCACCUACGUCCUCGAGGAAUGCAUGCCCGGCGACCUGGUCCUCAUCCACGGGAGCGUGCUCCACAAGUCGGAGCGCAACACGAGCGCGCACACCCGGUACGCGUACACGUUCCACAUGGUUGAGUCGGCGCCAUACGCGGAGUACGACGGGAAGAACUGGCUGCAGCCGACGCCCGGGACGCCGUUUCCCCACAUCCUCGAUGUCCCAAACGCCGCGGUUGUCCCAGUGGGGGCGUGA